AUGUCUUCAGCGUCCAAUUUUCCAGGAGUCGGGACGCAUCUUGUUUACAGAAAGCCGCCGCCAACACCAGAGUUUCUCAACACGCCAACCAAUCUUUACUCCGAUGCUGAGAAUUACAGAGAUAAGCGCGAAGUUUUUGUUCGUAACAUUCGCGCCGAGAUGAAUCAGUUCACUACCGCGAGUGAUGGCUUGGAGUUCGUGAAGCAUAGGGUUGAUGUUAAAGACUGGUCUGACGAGGAUGAGGUUCGCGAGGUGAUACUUCGAGACACCCAAGAGCUUCUCAAGAAACAUUUCAACGCCAACAAGACAUUCACCACUGUCUCAAGAAUUCGACACUCUGAUACAAGUGGAAUCAGGAAAGACACCACGCCGGUUUACUCUAUUCACGGCGACUUGACUGUUCGAAGUGGCCUUGAGCUCCUGGAAGAUACUAUUCCCAAAAUGGAUCACCCGCCCAAAUCUAUGCCUCCUAAGGGUCGAGUUCUCAUGGUCAACGUAUGGAGGCCUCUGAAGACAAUCAAACGCGACCCGAUUGCCUUUCUAGUGCCCAAAAGCAUUAGAUCUCAGGAACGACAUGCACAGAUCUUCUCACGACCUGAAGGAAAAUUCAAAGUCUUUGGCAAGGACGCUCAAGACUUCUGGCUGGAUACAGCUUCCUACAGCGAGGACCAUGAUUGGGUGUUUCUGGACCAUCAGCAACCAGAUGAGCCUGUCCUGUUUCUUCAAUGGGACAGUGCAUCAUUGGAGAGUUUCGAGUCGAGGAUGGCUGUGUUUCAUAGUUCUUUUGAGGAUUCUAGAUAUAUGGACGAGGCGGAACGAGCGAGCAUCGAGCUCAAGUGUCUUGUUUUCUUGGAUAAGUGA